AGGGGGUUCGCAUUGCAGUAGCGAGUCAACUUAUUGACAUCUACGCAUCUGAACGGUGCAUCGAUGUCAUGGAUUGUAACCAUCGACUUCGAUCAUGUUCGUUGUCUCGUCCGCGACUUUUCAUAAUUGCGAGCUUGGUGUUCGUUUUUCUUUUGUUUCAGUUCGUAACAAUUGACGAAUUGCAAAUAAUCCAUUUCAAACAUCGACAAGGAGGAAAGCGGCUAGAACCUGACCAAUUCGAUUCUACUUGUAGUCGUGCUGCAGAUCAGCGAGGUCCUCAUCAGAAAAUCAUCUCUUAUUCCAUUUACGGAAACUUCUGCAGGGCGGAGAUUGCGAAAAAAUAUUUAAAGCCUUUUAUACAGACGCUCACUAGAAUUCCUUCCGUCUAUCCAGGCUGGGUCGUACGUAUUUACCACAACGUGACAAAGGACGAUGGCGAAACCUGGAACAUGAUUAACAAUACUUUGAACCUUGGAAACCACAUUGAUUUCUGCAAUGCAACGGAGAUCAUUCGAAAUCGAAAGUUGGCCGACAUAUUUGCCAUGACAUGGCGUUGGUUACCUCUACUGGAUAACAUGGUGGAUACACUUAUGUCGAGGGAUUCGGACAGUUACAUAAUAACUCGUGAAGCGGACGCCGUACAGGCAUGGCUGGCUGGCGACCGUGCCUUUCAUAUCAUGAGAGACCACCCUUCGCAUUGCAGAUUUAUCGUUGGCACAGGCUGUUGGGGAGUGAAAGUAAGCCAGAACCGUUCCAGCAUCGUUCGUGCGGCAACGAGCAUGUUUACUCAGAAUCAUUUGCACGAGUACGACUACGACCAAAAGUUAUUGGAUAAACUAAUUUGGCCGAUAGCUUACAACAAUAUGAUAGCACACGACAGCUACUGUUGUGAACGACUGCCGUUAACUCAUCCGUACCCGACAAAGAGAAAAGAUGGCCUUUUCAUCGGAUGGAGAGCAGUUCCAAAGGAAGAACUCCAAUUUCCGUGUCCCCCGAAAUGCCGCCCUGCAAAUACAUCUGAUUGGAGUUUUUGUUGAAUAAACAUGUGCUCAUCACACGUUAUUUACGCUGUCGUUGUUAUAGUUGUUAAAAAUGCUUAAGACCAAAUUUAAAUUGCAAUUUGCAUAUCAUUUUUUUUUAACUCAACGAGUCGUUUGCAGAAAUAUAUUACAUCAAUCAAU